UGUGCGCGUAGCUAGGGCUCUUCCUUCCCUGCGCGGCUCGCUCACUGACGCCUUGUCUGUGAUCGCGGCGUGUUCGCUUGCUCAGGGAGGAUGGAUUUGCGGAAGAAUCUUUGCUAGAACACUGGCUGUGCUCGCUUUGAUCGUCUCGUUGCGCUUGGCGUGUAGCAAUCAAUGAGGCGGCUAAGGCUGGCUUUGCAGCGAUUGCGCGCUUUCCGGCUAACAAGGAAGUGUUUCUCGCUCGGUUAUCUCAAAUCUAGGUACAGGGCUAGGAGGGAUUCCUCCAAUUCCAGGAGCUCGCCGCCUAGCAAGCCGCUCUCCAUGGCGAAAUACGAGAAAUCGCGACCGGCAUUCAUCGGCAACAAGCAGCAUUGCGGCAAAUCGGCGGGGCUGGAUCAGCUCCUCCUCCUGGCUUGCAAUCCCUGCGCGGUUAGCACCGCCGGGAUGGUCGUCGACAGCUACAAGUUCCAAAUCCAGGGCAAGAGGAAGAUCUCGGCCAAGAGCGCUAAGAACAAGGCCGAGAGCGACGAAAUUUGGGAGAAAGAGAAGUCCUGGAACAUCGUCACGCAGGUCGGUGACGAUUUCGUCACCAAGAAGGUGAUCUUGAAGAAGAAGAGCAAGAAGAAGCUCGCGAGGGAGGAGACGGCUCCAGUGAUGAGUGAUCAGGCCGACUCGGGAUCUUGCUCGUCCUCGCGAUACCGCCUUAGCACCUCCUCCUCGGCUGCCGACGAUCAGAAUCACUACUCGUGGGACAAGGAGCUCUCCUUUGCCAGCGGCGACGAUAGAUGCCUCGACGAGGAUCGCUUCAGCUCCGAGUUCCUGGUGGAUCGCUUGGAGGCCACUUCCAAGAAUGUCUUCAUUGCCCCUCCGGUGGCUUCUGGUGGCCAUUUUCUCGAUGAUUCCUUCUUCUCCCUCGAUCACUACAUCAGAUCUGUCCAGAGCGCCGGUGACAAGCACUUCCCAUCGCCCGAUUGCUCGUCAAAGAUCGGCGAGCUGGAGCUGGAGGAGAAGGAGCAGCCAAAGAAGAUGGUUUCGUCUUCCAUUUGCGGCAAUUGCGAUUGCGGUGUUCUAGCUCACGAGAAGAUCCCAGCGGAGAAGAAAGUGGGAGGGGUGGCGGUGGCCAAGUUCUCGGUGGAUCCAUACCGAGACUACAAGGACUCGAUGCUGGAGAUGAGCGCCGCGAAUGGAUUGGAGAAGAUGAGCGAAUUCCGGGAGCUCCUCCAGCGCUAUCUCUCGCUCAACCCGCCGGAGUUCCAUGCGACGAUCAUGGAGGUGUUCACGGAGCUCUUCUGGCAUAGGCUGGUUUGACGCUUGCUCUAUGAUCUCGAUCGAUCGUCUUCGUGGGUAAUCAAAUUCUACUUCCCGAAGAUCAAGCAGGAGAGAUCCAUUAAAUGGAUCAUUGAUGAAGAAAGUCAGCACUUCACCAACAUCAAUCAAGCAGUGGUUCCUCAGUAACUUCUGAACUGAACUGAAGAACCAGUGGUAAAAGUUCUGGCAAUACUUGCAAGUUACAACAACCCAGCAGCAGUAAAAAGAAGGAUAAAAUAGAGAAGAGGCUCCUUCCAAGUUGCAUCCAACCAUUGUCUGCUCUCAAGUAUAUGUAUGAUUUCUUUCUCUUGUUUUUUCUUGCUCUCACUUGGAUUGGUUGACUCUCCUCUCUAGUGCAAUUGGCACUACAGGAUGAUUCAGAAUUCAGGCCAGCACUGACAAAAGGCUGCUCUCACUUUGACUCCAAACCUGUUUUUCUGAAUUUGCUGCUUGUUGUGUAGUUGUUGGUGUUGGUCUAUUUCAUUUCAGAGAGGGUACCUGGAGAGAGUUUUUUUCAUCACUUUUUAAACAAGAAAGCUGCUGUUCUUGUUGAGAGUGUGGCUUUUUUCUUUAAGAAAUUUUUUAUAUAAGCACCAGUUGAUGCUUGAACAUAUUAAACAUUUUCUGCUGUUCUGCGAGGUUGAA